AUGGGGAAGAUCUACUUCUAUGAGGACAAGAACUUCCAGGGUCGUUACUAUGAAUGCAGCAGUGACUGCCCUGAGCUCAGCUCCCACUUCAGCCGCUGUAACUCCAUCCGGGUGGAGGGCGGGGCCUGGGUCGUCUAUGAAAGACCCCAAUACAUGGGCUACCAGUACGUCCUCUUGAAAGGGGAGUACCCCAGCUACCAGAGCUGGAACGGCUUCAGUGAAACCAUCCGUUCCUGUUGCCUGACAGCUAACACAUGUCUCAUUUUAAUGUUCAAGCUUUCCAGCAGACACAGGAUCCGAAUAUUCGAGCGUCCAGACUUCACUGGCCAGAUGACAGAGUUUAGUGAAGAUAUGCCCAACCUAAUGGACCGCUGGCGCUUCCGUGACAUCCAUUCUGCUCAUGUCCACGAUGGCAUCUGGGUCUUUUAUGAGCAUCCAAACUACAGAGGGCGCCAGUACCUGCUGGAAAAGGGUGAAUACAGACGACACGCAGAAUGGGGGGCCCUUAAUUCGUCUGUGGGCUCCAUUAGACGUGUUUUGGACAUUUAG